UAGUUGCUUUGUAGGUACUGAAAGUUGCGCAAAAAGGGGUGUGCGGAGAGCUUACAGAGCCGAAGGAUCCUGGGGACAAUUUUGCAGCUGCUCUGCGAUCCACUGGCUGUCUCCUCCGGAUCGCCCGAGAGUUAGUUUUUCGAGUCGUUUUAUUUUAUUUUAUUUUAUUUCAUCUCCUUUGGUAUUUGUGCUCCUUUUCCGGCGUCUCCUCCCACCCGACAGCAAUGAGGCAGGCUGUCCUGUUUAGCGCUGCUUUCCUGCUGUGUAUCUCCCUGGUGGCCUCCCGCUGCCCUGCCACGUGCCGAUGCCCCCCCGGCGGCCCGCCUCGCUGCCCCCCCGGAAUCAGCUUGGUGCUGGACGACUGCGGCUGCUGCCAAGUGUGCGCCCGGCAGCUCAACGAGGACUGCGACCAGCUCUCGCCCUGCGAUCCCCACAAGGGCCUGGAGUGCAAUUUUGGGGCCGACCCCUUGGCGAAUCGGGGCAUCUGUUGGGCAAAGCAAGAAGGCCGGACCUGCGAAUACAACGGCCGCAUCUACCAGAACGGGGAGAAUUUCCAGCCCAGCUGUAAACACCAGUGCACUUGCAUCGACGGGGCUGUGGGUUGCCAGCCGCUCUGCCCGCUAGAGCUGCCCCUGGCCUCCCUGGGCUGCCCCAGCCCCAAACUCCUGAAGGUGCCCGGCCAGUGCUGCAAGAAGUUUGUGUGCAGCAAAGGACCCAAGAAGUACGGAGGGGUCACCUUUGAGUACAACGCCAAUGGUGACUCCAGUGACAACGAGCUCAUCUACGUGGGCAAAGGCGGACACUGGAAAAACCUACCAGCAUGGAGGCCAUUCUUCCAAAGCCACAUGGCAAAGCAACAGCACAAGUGCUUGGCUCAGACUACGGACUGGUCACCAUGCUCCAAGAGCUGCGGCUUCGGCAUCUCCACCCGCGUCACCAGCGACAACCCAAAGUGCAAACUGAUCAAAGAGACCCGGCUGUGUCAGAUCAGGCCUUGCGGGAAACCUGAUUUUUCCAAACUAAAGAAGGGCAAGAAGUGCUUGCGGACACACAAAGUGCGUGAGCCGGUGAGGUUUAGCUACGCCGCCUGCAAGAGCCCACGCCGUUACCAGCCCAGCUACUGCGGGUCCUGCUUGGAUGGCCGCUGCUGUGUCCCUCUGCGCACUCGCACCCUGAGCGUGCCCUUCCAUUGCCCGGAUGGGAGCUCCUUCUCCAAGAACGUCAUGAUGAUCCACACUUGCCAGUGCGGCCCGGCUCAUUGCCCGCUCCUCAGCGAACCUGCCAUGGGGCCCCGGUACCAGCUCAAUGGGGACAUUCACAAAUUCCUGGAGUGAUGGAGCCCGCUACCCUUGGGAACCGAGUCGACCCAUCUCCAGUGACUCUGGAUCACCCCUAUGGACUUGAGGCCCCUCUGCAUGAUGUCAGGAGAAAACAGAACAUCCUAAACCUGCCCUGCUUCCAUGAAUGCAAAUGCGACUAAAAUUAGGAAAGGCAACAUGGAUUUUGGAGGUGCACUAGUUCCUCAGUAUAUGGGCUGAUUACAUUGUGCCGUGCCUGGGAGUCUGGAGAUCUAGCGAUUUGAGGAAUGGAUCUCAUGUCGCUGGGUUCAAUCUCUCCAUUCAGCCCAGCCAGGCUCAGGCUGGAACUGGGCCUUAGGCAACCAAAUGGGAGAGUCAAACAAGGAGAUCUCCCCAUUGCAGCUACCUUUAGGGCUCCACAGUCCAUGAUUUGGUCACAGUGCUGGAAGGAAGGAGGAAGCACAGCCCUUGCGCACUAGGGAUAGCUGUAAAUUC